CCUAAGUAUGCAUCUGAACGUUGGUGAUGCACCACACAUUCCUACACCUUCAAUUGUCAACUCCAGUUCUAUUGUCACCAGAACCCUCCCAAACAUCUCAGCAACAUCUUCAAACAUCCCGAGAACAAUAUCAAAACUCUCAGCAGCAUUUUCAAAAUUCUCCACUGAAUUAAUUAGAUCUGAAGACAUCAGUGCUCCCUCUUCAUUAACACCAGGUCUGACGGUGUGGACCAGUGUUGGUCUGGUAGUCAUGGUGACAGUGGUAGGACUGGUUCCGCUCCUGUUCUACAGAAAGAGAGGAGUCAGGAGACAAACAAAUCCACCACAAACUACACAACACAUGAAUUCUCCCCCAAAUAUGGAUGAGGCUGAUUACGGGGAGAUCAAUGAGGCAGAAAUACAGACAGACCCAAACCCUUUGUUCAUCUCUCCAGUCUAUUCCACAGUCAACAAACAAACCACGACUACAACCUACCCUGAUGGUCGUCCAUCUACAACCUACCCUGCUGGUCGUCCAUCUACAACCUACCCUGCUGGUCGUCCCUCUACAACCUACCCUGCUGGUCGUCCAUCUACAACCUACCCUGGUGACGGUAGCUUUCCCGAACAUCCGGGAUGUUCCACUCAUUUUCUAGAUUGUCUCAACUACAUUGAUAUACCUAAAGAUUCUGGAGUCUCCUCAAUCCCUCCAACAGCUGGUGGAACCCAGGAUGUUUCCGUCUACUCUACUGUCCAGUUUCCCAAAGACAAUGUAAAACAUAAGAGAAGCCCUGACGUUCACAUCUCCAAAGACAUUAUGAAAGAGGCAAUCUAUUCCACAGUCCAGCAACGUAAAAUGUUGUAGGACUAUAGAAUCUACCUUCUGACUGCUAUGUAAAUACAUCUGCAAAUGCAACUUGGUUUCCAUCACACUGGAAAAACAUUUUAAUCAGAGUAAUAUAUUAGAACCAACUGUAUUAUCAUUGAAAGGUACAAGUACUGAGCAGUACGAGUCAUUUGAAAUCUACUUUUUUGAUAAAUGUCCUUAGUUUUCCUUGAAGAUAAGCUGAAAUCAUUUAUGAAAAACAUGUCUCUAUGAACUAGGAUUUUGCUAGAUUAUCUGUAAAUAGGCCCCAGGUUAAAAAUAGCAAACUUAUCCCAAGAUAUUUAAGAUAUCAGACAUCAAACAUUUGUAGAUAAAAAAAGCACAGUAUGAAUAUUUAGUGAACUUUUUUUGUGAAUAUUUAGUGAAAAUG